AUGGACGUGUCCCAGCAAAACAACGACGAGAAGUCAUGGGGUCAUAUACACAGACAUUUAACAUUGUUACAGAAGUCACGUUUCAACUCUGUGUCGUGUCGCUCUAAAGUGUCAGAGGCUUCCCUAUCCAGUGUUGCUCCCGUUUUUGUUGUGAUGAGAUUUGAAAAAAAUGGGAACGUCACCUCCUCCGAGAAGAAGAAGACGGAGCUGUAUCAGGAACUGGGUUUACAGGCCCGAGACCUGAGGUUCCAGCACCAGACUAGCAUCACCACACGCAACAACAUCAUCAUCCUGCAGAUGGAGUCUCUGAAGGCCAUAGUGACGCCUGAAUGCCUGCUGGUGUUGGACUUCAGAGGCUUCGGGCUGGAUAAGUGGCUGGUGCUGGAGCUGGGCCCACAGCUGGCAGGAGAAGGGACUCUGGUGACCUACUCCUUACCCUUCGAGUUCAGAGCUCUGGAGGCCCUCUUGCAGCACAGGGUGAACACUCUGCAGGCCAGGCUGAACGAGAUGCACCCUCAGAUCAUGGACUCUCUUGAAUCUCUGGUGGAUCCAAAAAUCUUGUCUGCAGACCGCAGUAAGCUGCACAUGCUUCUGCUCAAUAGCAAGGGUCUUUCAGAGUUGGAAACCGACGUCAAAGUGUUCAAGGAAAGCCUGCUAAAGAUCCUGGAUGAAGAUGAGCUCAUCGAAGAGAUGUGUCUGACCAAAUGGACAGACCCCCGUGUGUUUGAAGAGAGCAGCCUGGGCAUUGACCACGCAGAAGAGAUGGAACUGCUGUUGGAGAACUACUUACUGCAGGCGGAGGAGCUGGGCAACAACACUCGGGAGCUGAAAGGCCUGAUUGAUGACUCAGAGAGCGUCAUCUUCAUUAACCUGGACAGUCACCGAAAUGUGAUGAUGCGGCUGAACCUGCAGCUGACGAUGGGCACCUUCUCCCUGUCCCUGUUUGGCCUGAUCGGGGUUGCCUUUGGGAUGAACUUGGAGUCCAACUUAGAAGAGGACCCACGCGUGUUCUGGCUGGUGACGGGUAUCAUGUUCCUGGGCAGUGGGCUGAUCUGGAGGCGGCUCCUCUCCUUCCUGGGGCGACACUUGGAGCCGUCCUCUCCACCCCCUAUCCCCCCAGUAUGGAAAAAGGGCCACAUCGCCUCCGCCAGAGGGACAGACAUCAAAGGAGGAGUCAGAUGAUGAUGAUGAUGAUGAUGAUACUGAUGAUGAUGAUGAUGAUGAAAGCACAAACCAAAUACUGGUGGAUUGGUGAAUCAUGCUGAGGAGUAAAGAUGAGGCAAAAGAAGAAACAGACUGUUUUUCAUUCAUGUUAUUGAAGUUCAGAUGUUGAGCAGAAGCAGACUGUUUUUCAUUCAGAUGUUGAACUUGCAUUUGAAAUGUUAAUUUCACAAUGCAAGUUUGUGGUGUGAGUUUUUGUAUUUCUUCCUGUAAUCAUACAGUUCAUGUCAUACACCCUGUUGCUGUUUCCUCAUCCUGAAGAGUUGAUGCAGAGCAGUGCAGAGGUGUAGGAAUAGACUUUGCCAAAUUGUAUUGUUUAAUCACAGUGACAGACCACUGGAUAUUGUGAUAAAUAUAGAUGCCUCUUUAUAACAUUACAUCAAGAUAGGAGGACCUAACAUUGCCUUUGUGCUCAUAUGCUUAAGACAUACAAUUCCUGCACUUUCAUUUUUUUUCUGUAUGCAUAAGUGUAAGAUGGUGUUUUAAAAACGUGUUUUAGCUGUUUUAUAACCACCAGAACGAGAGACUGUGAUCAUGUUAUCCCACUAAUCAUAUUUUGGACUGUUGUAUCAUACAAUAAAACGUACGUCACAUA